AGCCCGCCCCCGGGGCCCCCGCGCUCCCAACCCUGCCGGCGGGGUCCGGACGGAAGAUGGUGCAGAAGAAACCCGCCGAACUCCAGGGCUUCCACCGUUCGUUCAAGGGGCAGAAUCCCUUCGAGUUGGCCUUCUCCCCGGACCCGGCCCAGCACGGGGACCCCGACUUCAGCCUGGAGUGCCCAGCCCGCCCUGACAUGCCUGCCAGCCAGCCCAUUGACAUCCCAGACGCCAGGAAGCGCUCCAAGAAGAAAAAACGCUGCAGGGCCACCGACAGCUUCUCCGGCCGCUUUGAGGAUGUGUACCAGCUGCAGGAGGACGUGCUAGGGGAGGGUGCUCAUGCCCGCGUGCAGACCUGCGUGAACCUCAUAACCAGCCAGGAGUACGCCGUCAAGAUCAUCGAGAAGCAGCCGGGCCACAUCCGCAGCCGCGUGUUUCGGGAAGUGGAGACCCUGUAUCAGUGCCAGGGACACAGGAAUGUCCUGGAGCUGAUCGAGUUCUUUGAGGAGGAAGAUCGCUUCUACCUGGUGUUCGAGAAGAUGCGGGGAGGCUCCAUCCUGAAUCACAUCCACCAGCGGCGGCACUUCAGUGAGCUGGAGGCCAGUGUGGUCGUGCAGGAUGUGGCGUCUGCCCUGGACUUCCUGCACAACAAAGGCAUCGCGCACAGAGACCUGAAGCCAGAGAACAUCCUGUGUGAACACCCCGACCAGGUGUCCCCCGUGAAGAUCUGCGACUUCGACCUGGGCAGCGGCGUCAAGCUCAACGGGGACUGCUCGCCCAUCUCCACCCCGGAGCUGCUCACUCCGUGCGGCUCGGCGGAGUACAUGGCACCGGAGGUGGUGGAGGCCUUCGGGGAGGAGGCCACCAUGUACGACAAGCGCUGCGACCUGUGGAGCCUGGGCGUCACCCUCUACAUCCUGCUCACCCAGAGCGCGGGUCCCCCAGCUGCAGCCCUCGCCCCGCACGCUGACCGCGCCCGCCCGCCCGCCUCCCCAGAACAUGCUAUUCGAGAGCAUCCAGGAGGGCAAAUACGAAUUCCCCGACAAGGACUGGGCGCACAUCUCGCUGGCCGCCAAGGACCUCAUCUCCCGCCUGCUGGUGCGGGACGCCAAGCAGAGGCUGAGCGCCGCCCAGGUGCUGCAACAUCCCUGGCUGCAGGGGUGCGCCCCCGAGAACACCCUGCCCACACCCAGACUCCUGCAGAGGAACAGCUGCACCAAAGACCUGAAGUGCUUCGCCGCCGAGGCCGUGGCCGUGAAGAGGCAGCUGGCGCAGCAGGAGGACGAGGAGGGGGGCGCCGGGGGCUCCCCGCUGCUGAUCCGCGCGGCCUCGCGCUGCCUGCGCCUGUCGCCCCCCUCGCAGUCUCAGCUGGCCCAGCGGCGGCAGCGGCGCCACAGCCAGGCGGGGGCCCCCGUGGUCCUGGUGGGAGACCGCGCCUGACCCCGUGCGGAGCCCCCAGGGCUUUUGCCGCCCUGCCACCCUGGGCCCGCGGCUUUUAUAGGACUUGCUGUCGGCUCUUCCCCUCCCCUCCCCUCCUCCUGUGUUUUUUCUCCUUCCUUUUCUCUCUCCGGUUUCACGAACCUUUCCCUUCUUACUGUGUGCAGAGCAGACCCAGGGGCCCUCAACCAGGAUAAGAGCCCCCAGCUGGGCUCAGGGUGCAGGGAGGAGCACCCGGGGGCCCCAGGGCCACGGCAGGGAUGAGCAGCCCCCCGGCCCCGCACGCACUUCACCCCCAAAACACCUGGCAGCUCAGGGUGGGCCGGAGCCCCUCCCAGCUCUGUCCCCACCCCCUCAGUGACAAUCGGGGUUCCCUCUGCCCCUAAGUUCCAGCUGUGGCAUGGGGAUCCCCCACCCUCCUGGGGGGCAGGACAGGCACCCGUCAGCCAACACACCAGGGGGCCCGGACCCCCCAACCCGGCACGCCAGUGCCUCCUCUCAGGGCUCAUCUGACCAGGCCACGUCCCGUGCUCCUCGCCCCUGGGGACCC